AUGGGGAACUCGAGCUGCGUCCCGCAGGCUCCGGCCCGGUUCCGCGCCUCCUUCUCCAGGAAACCGUCGCUGAAAGCCCAAAGGGAGGACAGUUUGAGGAAGCUGACCGGCCUGUUCGGGGGUGAUGCCGGGCAAGAGCGAGACACCACGGCGGACAAGAUUCUGUACUACAUCCCCGGGAAGGACAUUGCUGGCCAGGAAAAUCAGAGAAGGAGCUUGGACCAACAGUUCCCGAGUGUAUCCAGGAAGGGUCAUCGCUGGACCAGCGUUCGCAACCUGGGCAGCAUUGUCCACUACGCCAAGGUCAAGUUCAAGUUCCAGCACUGCCAGGAAGUGAACGACUGUUACUUGGAGCUGUUCCAGAGUCACCUGCACUUUCAGGCCCUCAGCCCCGAUGGACUGACUUAUCAGGGACUCCUGCCACUGAAGGACCUGAGCAUCUCUCGGCUGGCAACGGAGAACCACGCCUUCCAGAUCACAGGGCCCCUCCUGAACCCGCUCCUCGUGCAGUGCCCCAGCGAGCUGGAGCUGUGCCAGUGGCUCUUCCACCUCCAGAAGCAGAUCGAGUUCAGCACAGGCCCCCACGCCCGCCGGCAGUCCCCAUCCCAGGUCUGGGAGACAGAUGGCGGCCUGAGGCAGGAGGCCCUGCGGUGGUCAGUGCAGCAUCAGCCCGUGCUGGGCUGGGAGGGCAGCAGGAGGGAAACGCUGGGCGACAUACUCUGUGUCUCCAAGGUGAAGCUGCAGCAUUUACCUUUCCAGGAGCAGCACAAUCGGAUCCUGAUCCUGUACCCAUCCACGCUGGUCAUCAUAUCCGAAGAGCCCAGCGGGCUGCACUUUAAGGGGGAGCUGCCCCUCAACUCAGUCCAGCUGAACUUUGAAGAGGACGGGAAGCAGAUCAGGUCGUUCCUGAUAGAAGGCCGCCUCAUCAACACAAUCCGGGUCACGUGCAGCAGCUAUGAAGAUUACCAGGAUUGGCUUCGGGGGUUCCGGGCCACCCGGAUCCGGAAUGGGGAUUCAUCCCUCUCGGGUUCAGACAGCUUCUCGGGGUCCCGGCUCCCAAACUAUGCCCAGUUUUCAGGAAGUGGGAGAGGCUCGCUGACUUCCGAUGGUCGGACCAACUCCUGGGCCUCAGGGGGAAGGGCCGCUCCCUCCUCCCACCCCUCACAGACCAGCGGCUCCCUCCCUGACCAGUCCCUCGGCUUCCUGAUGGCCAGCAGGCUGGCCGCUGACCCCUUGCCCCCCAGCUCUACCCAGCCAGUCCAGGGCCAGGCUGACUCCGGAGGGUCCAGCACAGGGCGGCGGAAAUCCGGGUUCAGGAGGGGAGGCAGCGGGCGGAUAUCAAAGGGGAAGCACGAACGGCUUGGCCAGGCUGAUCCUGGCCACUUGGAGCCUGAACGAGGAGAGGGCCUGGCCCUGGGGGCUCCCCUGCACCUGGAUCUCAGCAAUUUGCACAGGUGCAGUUUGGAGGAGAGUGAGGACGGGUCCCUGGAAAAGCCCCAGUCACCUCUCUAUGCUGACCCUUACACCCCCACUUCUACCACCCGGCACAAAAUCAUGGAUGUCAGCUUCCUGGAAGAGUACCUGAAGGCCCAGAGUAAGGGGGGCCCGGAGCCUCUGAGCAGCUAUCCAGUGGCCCCAGUCUCAGUCCCCAACCCUGAUGGCCCCCACGCCCCUGCAAAGGAGCCCCCACUCGAUGCCCCUUGGAGGGAGCCAGUGCGGCGACAACGGGGUCACAGUGGCUCGUUCAAGGAGCGGCGACCGUCCCCACAGGACAACUCACAAUUGACCACGGUGUCCGGACGGGGGGACUCCUUGGAUUCCCUGUUGGCUCAGAGAUCAGGAGGUGGGGAACGGGGGCAUUCCCAAGACAGAUCCGGGACCCAUGACUAUGAUGAGCUGCAAAGCGGCCGGAAAGACUUGAGCUACGACAAUGUGUGGGAACCCCAAACAACCGCCCCUCCAUCUCAGCGGCGGCUCCGGCCUGGUUCGCGUGGGGGUGAGAGCAGGUUCACUCAGUGGAUAUGAGCGGCAGGCGCUACCCUCCGCCCCCCUCUGUCUGAUCCCUCCGGGCUGGUGGGCACUGAGAAGCCCCUGUCUUGUUGCUCGUGGAGUGCACAGGGGGGGGAGACUGACAUCUGGAUGGAGUGCAACAGCUGCGCUGUGUGCCCUCCCCCGGCUCUAAGCCCAGAGAAGCCUGGUGCUCCCUGCUGCGAGGCAGGAGUCCUUGCCCAUUUGGUCCUUCACAGACCGUGACUUACUGAGUGUCCACCCCAAAACCCCAGGCUCGACUUGCACCCGGCUCCGAUAGCACCCUUUCUCACCUCCGGGACUCACCCCAACUCGGCCACUGUGUGGACCAAUUGAGGAAGGAGGGCUGGGGAGGACGUGGGUGACACCCCUCGCCCCUCCCCGCCCACAGACACACAUAGAAACAUCCUCAACUGUUUUUGGCUUUUGACCUUGUACUUGUGGCAGCAACAGGAUCAGGAGACUCGUUUUUCCCCAGUGAAUCUUCCUUGCUCCCACGACUGGCCCAUCGUCAGUUUCUCCCCUCCUUCCCUCCCCAGAAGGUGCUAAGCAGAGGGUGGAGAGCCCUGGGGGCUUUGGUUUCAGGUUCACAGAGGCCCGGCCCAUAGAAGGGUGGCCUUCUGUCUGUGUCUGUCUGUCUGCCUUCCUGCUGACUCCCG